AUGAUGUUUCUGAUUCUUAUUCUCCCUUCGUCUCUCGAUAUCUUCUCUCAUACUCCUUCGUCUUCGGAGGUUUUCUUUGACAUCAAAGGACGUCGUCGGAUCUUCAAUGCUCUGGUUCGGGAGAUAAGGAUCAAUAACAGCGUUGGGUCUUGCCGUCUUGGAUUGGAUUCUCAUAAACAGCCCAACAGAAAGCCCAUUCAGAUACCCAUUAAGAAACAGCUUUAA